GCUACCAGCCGGGUUGGCCGCGCAGAGCAGAACUGCAGGCGCUAGCCCGGCUAAGCCUGCGCGGGGCUGCCUCGGUGGCUCCCAGCUCCGCAGGCCGCCUGCGGGUCCUGAGUGCCGCGUCCGCGGCUCGAGGCGAACGCAGAAGCUAACCCGAGGCUCGGCGGCCGGCGCGGAUCUCGGAACAUGGCAACCUGUGCGUGGCUCUUCCUGCAAGAUGACUUUAGUCACUGCGAUGCCUAAGGAUCAAGUGUGACAUUUCUCUAGGUACUUGAUGGUGUUCUCCUGCAUCCUCUCCUCACCACUGCUCUACACGGCUCCUAAAACAUGGGGGAAAAUGAGGACGAGAAGCAGACCCAGGCCGGGCAGGUUUUCGAGAACUUUGUCCAGGCUUCCACGUGCAAAGGCACCCUCCAGGCCUUCAACAUCCUCACGCGACACCUGGACCUAGACCCUCUGGACCACAGAAACUUUUAUUCCAAGCUCAAGUCCAAGGUGACCACCUGGAAGGCCAAAGCCCUGUGGUACAAAUUGGACAAGCGUGGAUCCCACAAAGAGUAUAAGCGAGGGAAGUCUUGUAUGAACACCAAGUGUCUCAUUGUUGGGGGAGGACCAUGUGGUUUGCGCACUGCCAUUGAACUUGCCUACCUAGGGGCCAAAGUGGUUGUGGUGGAGAAGAGGGACACCUUCUCCAGGAACAAUGUGCUGCAUCUCUGGCCUUUCACCAUCCAUGACCUACGGGGACUGGGAGCCAAGAAAUUCUACGGGAAGUUCUGCGCUGGCUCCAUUGACCACAUCAGUAUUCGUCAGUUGCAGCUCAUCCUAUUCAAGGUGGCCCUGAUGCUGGGCGUUGAAAUCCAUGUGAAUGUGGAGUUUGUGAAGGUUCUAGAGCCUCCUGAAGAUCAAGAAAAUCAAAAAAUCGGCUGGCGGGCAGAAUUUGUCCCUGCGGACCACGCUCUGUCGGACUUUGAGUUUGACGUCAUCAUUGGCGCUGAUGGCCGCAGGAACACGCUGGAAGGGUUCCGAAGAAAAGAAUUCCGUGGGAAGCUGGCUAUUGCGAUCACCGCCAACUUCAUAAACAGAAACAGCACAGCCGAGGCCAAGGUGGAAGAGAUUAGCGGGGUGGCUUUCAUCUUCAACCAGAAGUUUUUUCAGGACCUUAAAGAAGAAACAGGGAUUGAUCUGGAGAACAUUGUUUACUACAAGGACUGCACCCACUAUUUCGUCAUGACUGCCAAGAAGCAGAGCCUGCUCGACAAAGGUGUCAUCAUUAACGACUACAUCGACACGGAGAUGCUGCUGUGUGCGGAGAAUGUGAACCAGGACAACCUGCUUUCCUAUGCCCGUGAGGCUGCAGAUUUCGCCACCAAUUACCAGCUGCCAUCGUUAGACUAUGCUAUGAACCAUUAUGGGCAGCCCGAUGUGGCCAUGUUCGACUUCACCUCCAUGUACGCCUCCGAGAACGCGGCCUUGGUGCGCGAGCGCCAGUCACACCAGCUACUCGUGGCCCUGGUGGGCGACAGCCUGCUUGAGCCGUUUUGGCCCAUGGGCACAGGCUGUGCCCGAGGCUUCCUGGCAGCCUUUGACACGGCAUGGAUGGUGAAAAGCUGGGACCAGGGCACCCCUCCCCUGGAGCUGCUGGCCGAAAGAGAAAGUCUCUAUCGGCUGUUACCUCAGACUACCCCAGAGAACAUCAACAAGAACUUUGAGCAGUACACGUUGGACCCAGGGACACGGUACCCAAAUCUCAACUCUAACUGUGUCAGGCCCCAUCAGGUGAAGCAUUUAUACAUCACUAAGGAGCUGGACCAGUGGCCUCUCGAGAGGCUGGGCUCAGUGAGGAGAUCCGUGGGCCUCUCCAGGAGGGAGUCCGACAUCCGGCCCAGCAAGCUCUUAACCUGGUGUCAGCAGCAAACCGAGGGCUACCAGCACGUCAAUGUCACCGACCUGACCACAUCCUGGCGCAGCGGCCUGGCCCUGUGUGCCAUCAUCCACCGCUUCCGGCCUGAGCUGAUCAACUUUGACUCUCUGAAUGAAGACGAUGCCGUGGAAAACAACCAGCUGGCAUUUGACGUGGCUGAGCGUGAGUUUGGUAUCCCCCCGGUGACCACAGGCAAGGAGAUGGCAUCAGCCCAGGAGCCCGACAAGCUCAGCAUGGUCAUGUACCUCUCCAAGUUCUACGAGCUCUUCCGGGGCACCCCGCUGAGGCCUGUGGAUUCUUGGGGCAAAAACUAUGGAGAAAAUGCUGACCUCAGCUUGGCCAAAUCCUUCAUUUCUCACAACUAUCUCAACCUCACGUUUCCGAGGAAGAGGACCCCGCGAGUGGACGUCCAAACUGAAGAGAGCGACAUGAACAAACGGAGGCGGAGAGGCUUCAACAACCUGGAUGAGCCUUCAACCUUUUCCAGCCGGAGCCUGCGCUCCAGUCAAGAGUGCGGCAGCAAUAAAGAAGGUGGAAAUCAGAACAAAGUCAAGUCCAUGGCAAGUCAGCUGCUGGCCAAGUUUGAGGAGAACUCUCGGAACCCCUCGCUCGUGAAGCAGGAAUGCCGCAUCUCAGGGAUAGGUAAGCCUGUCCUGCGCUCUUCCUCUGACCCACCUGUUAACUCUCGCUGCCCCCGGCCGGAGGAGCCCACACCCGGCCCAUCACCUCCUCUGAAAAGGCAGUUCCCCUCGGUGGUUGUGACGGGGCACGUGCUCCGAGAGCUAAAGCAAGUGUCUGCUGAUUGCGAGUGCCCGAGCAGACCCUGGAGAGCCAGAGCCAAGUCUGACCUGCAGCUGGGUGGGCCAGGAAGCUCUCCUGCUCUGCCCCCUGCCUGCCAGGGAGCGCUGGCCCUUUCCGGGGUGCUGCGGCGGCUGCAGCAAGUGGAGGACAGGAUUCUCCAGAAGAGGGCUCAGAACUUGGCCAACAGGGAAUUUCACAAAAAGAACAUUAAGGAGAAGGCGGCUCACCUCGCCUCCAUGUUUGGACAUGGGGAUUUCCCACAGAAUAAACUACUUUCUAAAGAUCUGUCUCCCGAGCACACUCCAGCUUCUCCCUCCUGCCUUCCAUCUCAUGAUCCUGCUGCUACUUCCUCUCCAUCGACUGUUGACUCUGUUUCUCCUGCCAGAAAGGCAAAGAAGUCACCUUCAGGUUUCCAUUUCCAUCCCAGCCACUUAAGAACAGUGCGGCCUCAGCUGACGGUAGGGAAAGUGUCCAGUGGAAUAGGGGCCGCGGCUGAAGUCCUGAUCAAUUUGUACAUGAAUGAUCACAGACCUAAGACCCAGGCCACCUCUCCAGACCUGGAGUCUAUGCGGAAGGUGUUUCCCCUGAACCUGGGCGGCAGCGACACCUGCCACUUCUGUAAGAAGCGCGUGUAUGUGAUGGAGAGGCUGAGCGCAGAGGGCCACUUCUUCCACCGCGAGUGUUUCCGCUGCAGUGUCUGUGCCUCCACCUUGCGCCUGGCCGCCUACGCCUUCGACAGCGACGAAGGCAAGUUUUUCUGCAAGUCUCAUUUCAUUCACUGUAAAGCCAACAGUCAGCAGAGGAAGAGACGGGCAGAGUUGAAGCAACAAAGAGAGGAGGAGGGAACGUGGAGAGAGCAAGAGGCCCCUCGGCGGGACACUCCUGUGGAAAGUUCUUGCGCAGCCGCCGCCAUUGGCACGCCUGAAGGCAGCCCUCCAGCAGAUGAGCCAACCUCCCCCAAGAAGCCCAAGAGUGUUCUGGAGCCAGAGCCCAGUGAUGUGGAAGGUGGAGCCAUCUCUCUCCUGCCUUCUGAGUGGACCUCAGUGAGGAUCAGCCCUGGGGAGGACGUAGUUGGACAAGACAUGAUGGCUGUGUGUGUGCUGGUCAACAGUGAUGACAGCAGCUCUGAGGCAGAGCCAGACUGCAGUGGCAGCGAGGCCUCCAGUGCAGAGCCCCGUGAGGAAAGGCCGCGGCGGCCAGAGCCCCCACCCCUACCGCAGCCCCUCACCAGGCACAGCUCUCUGAGGGAAGCCCCGACCAGAGAAGUCUCUCCACACCGCCCUGAGGAGCCCCAAGCUGUGCAAGCUCUGCUCCGGGCCAAUAGCUUCCAGUCUGUAACUCCCAACAAAUACCAGAGCUGCAGAAGAAAAUUCCAGUCCAGUUCAACACCAGUGAACAACAGAAGAACCAUGUCACCUUCAGAGGAAGCUGCCCCUCUUUCUUCUUCCUCAUUGUUUUCUUCUUCAUCUUCUCCUCCAUCUUUGUCUUCAGGCGGUGUCUCAGGGAAUGUCCUGGAUGUCUUCUCCCCACCUCAGGUGAUAGAUUACAACCUGCCCUCGCAGGUCUCAAGAGGUCACUUCAGCCCUUCUACCCCAAUCUUUCUGAGGCGCGCCAGAGCCCAGGCAGCACCCAAGGACAUGCACCUGUAUCUGCCUCAUGACCAAGUGCUGGAGCGGGCGGAGUACUGCAUGGUGAGGCCCCAGACACCCAGCCCGGCAGAGACGGCUUCUGAUGGGUAUCAGGAAACAGAGUCCCUUCUUGGGGAUGCCAGAAGCAUCCACAGAGGCCCACACCCCGCUGGAGGGAAGGACACGUGCUUGCCAGACCAAGAGCUAUCCCCCGGGGCUGGAGAGGACCCAGGAGAAAGGAAAACAGAAUCCGGAAGGAGAGAGGAGGGUGGGUCACAGCUGACAGAGGGGAAGAGGCUGGGCUUGAAGAAGUUAGUCCUCACCCCGGAGCAGAAGACAAAGCUGCUGGACUGGAAUGACUCCCUCCCUGAGAGUGUGAGCCUGGAAGCUGGGGCACAACCUGCCCAGAAAAGUGCUGACAGUGGUCGACGAGGCCAUGUGCUGAAACCAGUCAGCCCCUUGCUGCUCCCCUGGACAGCGCGAGAGACCCCACCAGCCCAGGGAAAGGCUCAGGAGAAAACGGGGACCCCAGCUGAACGGGCUCCAGGGGAGCCAAGUGUCCCUCCACCCAAGUCCCCACUUCGGCUCAUAGCAAAUGCCAUCCGAAGGUCCCUGGAGCCCCUCCUCCCCAACUCCACCAAGCCAGAAUCAAAGCCCUUGCCCACCACCCAGCCACACUCCUGCACUCGCUCGUUCAGCCUUCGAAAAACCAGCUCCAGUAAAGACUGGAGCCAGCAGUCCCCAGGGAGAGACAUGGCACGCAGGACCUCAGCCUUCUUCUCCUGGGGCUCCCCACCCGCCAGGGCUGCCCAGCCUCCGCACCCUCACCUUCCUGACCCUGCCCUCCGUACCCACAGUUUGCCCAACCGGCCAUCCAAGGUGUUUCCUGCAAUUUUGUCCCCAUUUUGCCACAAGAUGGAAGAUGUCCCCACACUCCUUGAGAAAGUGAGUUUGCAGGAGACCUUCCCAGAUGCUUCCAGGGUUCCAAGGAGGAAGAUCUCACUCUUCUCCUCACUCAGACUCGAAGACAGAUCUUUUGAGAGUUUCUUCCAAGAAUCCAAACAAAGAAAGGACCUCCAGGACCUCUUUAGCAUCCGCAGGGGCAAAGGGGAGCCCGUGGACAGUGCCCAGCCCCUGGAGAAGCUGGCACAGCCUUUCACUAGCACCUGCCUGGAGCAGAGGGUCCAUCCUUCUCCAGACAAAGAUGCAAGUCCCAAACACACCCCUAUCCGAGUGCAGGUGACAGGGGCUGCCUCUUCUACCUCUUCCACCGGCUCCUCCUCUGGAGACGAAGAGUUUCAUCCCCAGCCUUCGUUGCAGUCAAAGGAGAGGGAGACACUUAGAAGAAGGAAGCUGGAGAACGCAAUAAAACAAAUGGUUAAGCAAGAAGAAUUGAAAAGACUUCAUAAAGCUCAGGCCAUCCAGAGGCAGCUGGAGGAGGUGGAGGAGCGGCAGAGGGCUUCUGAGAUCCAAGGCGUGAGGCUGGAGAAGGCGCUGAGGGGGGAAGCAGAUUCAGGCACACAAGAUGAAGCACAGCUUUUGCAGGAAUGGUUUAAGCUGGUUCUGGAGAAGAAUAAAUUAAUGCGAUAUGAGUCGGAGCUACUGAUCAUGGCCCAAGAAUUAGAACUGGAAGAUCAUCAAAGCAGACUGGAACAGACAUUAAGAGAAAAAAUGCUCAAGGAGGAGAGCCAGAAAGAUGAGAGCAAUCUGAACGAGGAGCAAGAAAUACUCAGCGAGAUGAUGCAAGUAAUUGAACAAAGGGACAGACUCGUGGACUCCUUAGAGGAACAGCGCAUAAAAGAAAAGGCUGAAGACCAGCACUUUGAAAGCUUCAUAUUCUCCAGGGACUGUCAGCUGAGUAGGACGUGAGCAGCCCAAGGCGCUGGCCCUGGAUGCUGGCUGAGGAUCAGGCCGGGCACACCUCACUCACUCACGGUUCCUUUGGCAGGAUUUGCCAUACGUGGAACUUAAGUGACGCCCUAUUGCAAUUUCUUCUUAAAAUUCUCCCAUAUGGAGUACAGCUGCCCAAGACCCUUCCAGAGAUUAUAAUGACGAAUAGACAAAGAUGGUUAGGGAAUUGGCAGUCACUUUGGCACGUCUCACAUUGGAAGUGACCUUGGCAGAUGACCAGCAUUGUUUUCCCUGGAAAGUGACACAGGGAUCGACUUUCCUGCUGUUUUUAUCAUUUAUCUCCCCAAUUCAUUGAGUUACACAUCUUAAGAUUUUUACAAAGCUGCCUUUUCAUUAAUAUAUCCCUAUUUGCCCUUUUUUUUUUUUUUUUCUGCAUGGAUGACCGGUUUCCAAAUGUCAGAAAGAAGCAGCCACAGUUUAAAGAUUAGGUUAAUAUUUAAAAAUUGUGUUUCCAGAGAAAGAGGAGAAACCUUGAGAUUACUGAUUACAUAAAGCAAAUAACUCAUAUAGCAGGUGUUAAUUCAAUCCAGGGUGAAUUUAAUUUACCAGUUGUAUUUAUAAGCCUUAAUAUAAUAUACAUAAGAAAUGAGAGUUUAAUACAACAUUUGAGCCUUAAUUUCAUUUUAAAAAAAAAGAGAGAAGGAAAUCAAACUUUAACUUCAUACUGGCAAGACUAUCAGUGUUCACCAAAUACUGCAGGCUUAGAAAAGCUUUUGUUCUCAGAGUCCUCUCCUUACUGGCCCCGGAACACAGUGAAAAGUGUUUCUCGAAAAUGAAUCAUUUUCCAGUGCAUUUUUAUAACCGUUGGCAAUGGCACUGAAAACACACACACUCGUGAUCCAAGGCGAAGAAGGCUUCCCGGUGACAGCCUUCUCAGGUCCAAAGAGAAGUGUCUCCAGUGCUCUCUCCAGGGGCUCCCUGGGAACUCCACAGGACAAGGACAAAACCACUUCUGACUUCACCCUAGAGCUGAGUGCAGCGACCCCAUUUACCAAAGGCAGUGAUCAAAUCCCAAACUGGGUCAUGGAUUUUUUUUUUUUUAAGUGACAUUUUCAAUGUGAAAAGAAAGCCAGGAGAUGGAAUUUGUGCACUGACAGGAGAUUCCUGGGUCGUUUUGAUGGUUCAUAUGGGAACCAAAGAAAAGAUUUUAAAUAGUGAUCUGUUGUCAUAAAGUAUUUGAUUGUUUACAGUCAAUGGGAUUCUUUGAAGAGUCAGCCUGUUGCUGACAAGAGACAGACUGAGGAACUCUUUGUUAUAUGUUUGGCCUCUCUCAUUUCUGCAAGUGUGUAAAUGUGUCAUUGAACAAAAGGUGCUUUGCAACAGUUGGCUCUUGAGACCUAACUCUCCUCAGUUCAUGUUGACCAUGAACCACUGCUGUGUGAGAUGCUGUCUAUGUGCACCAGUCUGGCCAGCUGAUAAGCCAGAAAUCAGAAAUGUAACUGGAUUUCUCAAGUGCGCCAUUGUUUUGGGCGGUAUUAAAAUGCAACCUUUCCAUGGCAGACCAAAUUCUGAAGGUUGUAAUUCUUUUGUCCUUCCUUCUUCUUCCCUUCCCCUUUUUAAAAAAAGAGUCAAAUCUUCUAGUGCCUGAAUUCUAUUGGGGAAUAUGUGCAGGCAUCUAUCUAGCUGUCAAAACUAUGCCAUAUAUGGCUAUUUACCUCUUCUUAUUUAUUUAUAUAUUUGGUGGAAAUUGCUAAUACAGUUUCCUCACAAUUCUGAUUUUCCUGUAUUAUAACUUGGAGAAGAUCUGUUGGCACUAGGGGGUAUCGGUAUAUAAGCUAUUUAACAUACAAGUAACCCAGAUGUUUGGGGCAGUGAGCUAGUUGUAUAGUAUUAAAGAUUUAUGGAGAUAGUUAAAAUAAUAUUUUCGGCCUUCAGGCAUUUAAAAUAAGACUCUGGAUACUCAGGAAUUUUAAUUCAUUUAAAGAAAAAGAUCCAGAACUUCUGUUUUUAUUCUAGAAUAUUUAGAAGUAUUCAAACCCAGUGUUUUCUGUCAGUUCUAUGAAAGCAUGCUGCUUGCGACUUGCAUAUGUUUAACGUGAUGCUUACCUGUGUGGUGUCUGGAUUGUUUUGAUACAAAAGAAUUUAUUGCCACUUAUUUUUGAUUUGUUCUAUUUUCAUCUAAAAGAAAGAUCCUCCUGAGGGGGCCAAGAAACACCUUCUUUCUGUUAAUAGAUGAGAAAGGCAAUUUGUUCAUUUUCUCUUUCAAAGACCAUGUUCUGGAGUUGAAGGCUGAGUCUUACGUGGCCAGGUUGAAACACACGCUCAUACCUAAGAGCCUUUUACUUACGCCGGCUUUUUACCAGCACGUAAAACCAUUUCAAUGGACAUUUCCAAAAUGACACAAAUAUUGUAGCUGUUGAAUUAUUUUGAACAAUUCCAUUCCUAUUCACAAUAAAGAAUGUUCUAAGACCGUCAAAGUGUAAAAUAUUGUACAUUUGAAAGACAGUUUCUUUAUGCAGUACGGGUAGGAUUAUGGCGAAAACAGCUUCUUCUGUCCUAUAAAAGUAUACUUGUGAUCAAAGCUGGACAAGUUAGGACUCUGAACGAGACAUAAAGCCCCAGCUCCGGGUCGUAUUUUAUAGCCAGUCUCACACAGCUUCUAAGUUAAACUAAAGGGCUCAUGUUAGUUGCUAGUUUAGGAUUUUACAUAAGUUGAAUCAAGAGGACAUGUCUGAAGCUUGCUCUCGCAAAGCAUUCAUUUGUUGAUCUAUUUGUGUAACAAACAUUCUCUGAAUGCCUGUGGGGUUGUGCAGCUUCCAUUAGGGGAGAAUAUCAGUCCUCCACUCUACCCCCAAAUAACUGCAAAAAUAAACAAGUACCACUCGCAAAUAAAUACAAAGGUAAAGAACUAUUUUUCAUUAUAACCAUCAGUCUAUUCUACUCACAUUAAUCUCAAGUCUAAAGACAUUUAUCCCCAACUCUUGUAGUGCUUCUUUGGCAAUGAAAAUAAGUUCGUUUCUAAAACUGUGAAAAAUACUAUCAGGUUGUACUGUUUCAUUUAGACCUUGACUUUGGCAGUGUGAGGCUGCUUGGACUCAAUCAAUGCUGAGAUGCAGCAUGUUAAUUCCGACUGAGAAAGGAAGUGGCAGGUGUUUCCAACUCUGAUGAGCUGCAAUGAAAUUGAUGUUUUCUGCAUUCUGGAGGCAAAUGGCAAUUCAGCAGUGUCUGUCUUCCCAGGAAGCAGACUUACAGGCUUUUCCUUCCAAACUGAAAAUGGCAGCAUGUCCCAGCCAGGUGGCUGAUCAGAGAACUACCUCAGCAGGGCAGAGGUGGCAGGGGGCAGCUGGGGCUGCCACACGAACAGAGAGAGUCGCAGUCAUUGGAUGUGGUGAGCUCAAAUGUAAUUUAUUGUAAUAGGAAGGUUCACGUACAGGGGAGCGUGUACUGUUUCGCCUACUGUUUAUCUUCUAACCUCACUGCUGAGUAGCUUGUAAAAGAUUAAUUUGCUCUGACAAUUGGGAACUAUUCAUGUGGGCUGAAAUGCGUUACAUGGGCACUGCUAUAAAUACUGAAAUGAACCAAAAAUAAAUGGUUUCCUGUUGAAGGAAUCAAAACAUUUUCAUGUGGGCUUGGUCUGGCACCUCCAAGGGCAGUGUCCAUUUCAUGUCUUCCUUUCCAGUGAAAGGAGCGGGGCAAAGCUUUGAUUUCGUGUGGGAGUCUGUGAAUUAACAGUUGGAUGCUUUAUUCCCACCGGGGCACCUGGAAGGACUUAUCUGACUAGCACAUUGGACUUGAUUGGGAAGAGGAGUGAAGAAGUUUUGCCUAGGGUGUAUUCUCUUUCAACAAAGAAAGUUACCCUCAGGGAUGGGGAGGCAGAAAGGUGGAGCCAGUCCUGGUUUACCUCCUCAUUCCUCUCACCUUCUUACCUGGCAUGGCCUGGUUUUAUAUUUCAGUUCCUCUGCAGAAAUGCUCCCAUCUGCCCUGAACUGGCCUCUUUCAUCAAUGCACACUUUGAGGACUGGGCUUGUUUGUUUCUGUUCUUAAUCCCAGUGCAUGCAAGCAUUCCUGAUAGGUGAGAGCAUAAUGCCUCAGAAUUGCCACAUCAGGUUAACCAAGUGGUCAGUCCCCAGCAUUUCACACGGAGUUCCCCCUUUGUUUGAAAGCUUUUGUCUGCUGUUGGAAUAUUUGCAACGAUCCAUUUGUUCCCAUCUAAAAUCAACAAAAAGUAAACAUAACUGCAGGUAAGAGCCCCUGUUUUGCAAGCGCUAACAUUGUGGCAGCAGGGAAAGCCCCAAGGAAGGCCAGCCACUUUUGAUGGCACUUUGCAAGUUUUCUUUGUGCCCAUGCUGGGGUUCAUCUGCCCUCCUCUGGCUCUCAGAGUCACGGACUCUCAGCCAUUAGCUGGCCUAUUAGCUGCAACUCACCAUCCCUCAGCCUUCGGGGCAUGUGUGGUAGUUUCACACUCACUCCCUUUCGCAGCUUGUUUCUGCAAAAACGACAAGCACAACCAAUGUUGUCAGGGAUCCCCUGAGGAGCCCCUCCGACUCUGAUCAGGGUACUGGAUACUGUGAAUUCAGCUUGUGUCACCUGCCAGGUGCCGUAAUAAGCUCUAUAAAUGUAUUGUUUCAUUUGAUCCUGAAAGCAAAAUCCUUAUACCCCAUUUUUAAGAUAAGACUGAGACACAGAGGCUCAGCUUACCUGCUAUUCCAGGUACAAAGUAGUGGAACUGGGGCUAGAUCCAGAUGUCAGCCUCCGGAACCUGGGCCCUCGACCGCCAGGCUAUACAGCCUUACCCUGUGUCCCCACCCAGACCUGUGUCUUCUGUUUACCUGUUCCUUCCCUUGCUUUCCUAAAUCAGUUCCCAUUGCCACAGUCCCCCAGCACUUCACUGACCUGCCCUGAUCAGGGGAAAUAAGGGAACAGAAGCCAAAGCUGUCCCUUUAAAGUGCCUUGUGUUUCCUUCUGUACUGCAUCUAUACAUACUCUAACAUGAAAACAAUGAUCUAGAAUGGUUAUCUAACCUCCACCACCCCUCACAAAAAUCUUUGAGUAAACAUGACACUCUAGGAAGAUGCAUCUUGUUUACACUGGGAGGUCAAGUACCUGGGACACACUGCCAUGGACCUGCAGGGCACUUUUGUGCCCCAAAUUGAGAAGCAUGGCACUACCUAAUCAAAUCUCAGCUCCCAAGGGUAGGGAAGCAAGAGCACAGGGGUGGAGGGAUGGGAGAAGGCGUGCAUGGAGGGAGUGUCUUGGAGACCAACUGGGAGUAAGCUGGUUUUUGCAGACCCUUGGAGAGACCAUGCAGAGGCGGUGGGGAGCAAGAAAAGUCUCAAAUACACAGCCUCACUUUCUACCUAAAAGAGAUAGAAAAGGAACAGCAACUAAAGCCUGGAGCCAGAAGAAGGGAAGUAAUAAAGAUGAGACCAGGAAUAAAUGACAUAGAAGGAAAUAAAACAGUAGGACAGAUGAAUGAAACCAGAAGCUGGUUCUCUGAAAGAAUGAACAGAAUUGAUAACCCCCUAGCCAGACUUAUCAAAAAGGAAAGAGAAAGGACCCAAAUAAAUAGAAUCACAAAUGUAGGAGGAGAGAUCACAACCAAUACCGCAGAAGUACAAUUAGAAUAUUAUGAAAAAUUAUAUGCCAAGAAACUGGGAAAUCUGGAGGAAAUGGACGCAUUCCUCGAAAUGUACAACUACCAAAACUGAAACAGGAAGAAAUGGAAAAAAAUUUUUUUUAACGCAGGGAUUUUUAAGUUUAUUUAGAGAGAGACAGAAAAAGAGUGCAAGUGGGGGAUGGGCAGAAUCAGAGGGGGGCAGAGGAUCCAAAGCAGGCUCUGUGCUGAUAGGAGACAGCCUGACAUAGGGCUCAAGCUCAGGAACUGUGAGAUCAUGACCUAAGCCGAAGUCAGACGCUUAACUGACUGAACCACCCAGGGGCCUCAAGAAAUAGAAAAUUUGAACAGGCCCAUAACCAGCAAAGAAAUUGAAUCAGUAAUCAAAAAUCUCCCAGCAAAGUCCAGGGCCACAUGGCUUCCCAGGGGAAUUCUACCAGACAUUUAAAGAAGAGUUGAUACCCAUUCUUCCCAAACUAUUCCAAAAAAUAGAAAUGGAAGGAAAGUUUCCAAACUUGUUCUAUGAGGCCAACAUUACCUUGAUUCCAAAACCAGAAAAAGACUCCACUGAAAAGGAGAAUUACAGUCCAAUAUCCCUGGUGAACAUGGAUGCAAAAAAUCCUCAACAAGAUACUAGCAAAUUGAAUCCAACAGUACAUUAGAAUUAUUCACUGCCAUCAAGUGAGAUUUACUCUUGGGCUUGAGGGGUUCGAUAUUCACAAAUCAAUGUGAUACACCACAUUAAUAGAAGACAGGAUAAGAACCAUAUGAUCCUCUUGAUAGAUGCAGAAAAAGCAAUUGACAAAAUACAGCAUCCAUUCUUAAUAAAAACCCUCAAGAGAGGAUAGAUGGAGCAUACCUCAACAUCAUAAAGGCCAUCUAUGAAAAACCCACAGCCAAUAUCAUCCUCAAUGGGGAAAAACUGAGAGCUUUUCCUCUACGAUCAGAAUAAGACAAGGAUGUCCACUUUCACCAUUGUUAUUUCACCUAGCAGUGGAAGUCCUAGCUUCAGUGAUCAAAGAGAAACAAAAGCAUCCAAAUCAGCAGCAAACAGGUCAAACUUUCGCUGUUUGCAGAUGGCAUGAUACUCUAUGUAGAAAACCCAAAAAGACUCCACCAGAAAAUUACUAGGACUGAUACAUGAAUUGAGAAAACUUUCAGGGUACAAAAUCAAUGUACAGAAAAAUCUGUCUCAUGUCUAUGUACCAAUAAUGAAGCAGCAGGAAGAGAAAUUGAGGAAUCGAUCCCAUUUACAAUUGCACCAAAAACUGUAAGAUACCCAGCAAUAAAACUAACCAAAGAGGUAAAAUAUCUGUACUUUGAAAACUAUAGAACACUUAUGAAAGAAAUUGAAGAAGACACACACACACACAGAUGCAAAAACAUUUCGUGCUCAUGGAUUAGAAGAGCAAAUAUUGUUAAAUGUCUAUACUACCCAAAGCAAUGUACACAUUCAGUGCAAUCCCUAUCAAAACACUACCAGCAGUUUUUCACAGAGCUAGAACAAACAAUUCUAAAAGUGUUAGGGAACCGCAAAAGCCCCAAAUAGCCAAAGCAAUCUUGAAAAAGAAAAGCAAAGCUGGAGGCAUCACAAUUCUGGACUACAAGGUAUAACAAACCUGUGGGCAUCAAGACAGCAUGGUACUGGCACAAAAACAGACACAUAGAUCAAUGGAACAGAAUAGAGAACCCAGAAAUGGACCCACAAACGUAUGGCCGAAUAAUCUUCGACAAAGCAGGAAAGAAUAUCCAAUGGAAAAAGGACAGUCUCUUCAACAGAUAGUGCUGGGAACACUGGACAGCAACAUGCAGAAGAAUGAAACUAGAUUACUUUCUUACACCACACACAAAAAUACAUUUAUAAAUUUAAAAGAUCUAAAUGUGAGACAGGAAGCCAUCAAAAUCCUAGAGGCAAAUACCGGCAGCAAUCUCUUUGACCUUGGCCACAGCAACUUCUCACUAGACACAUCUCUGGAGGAAAGGGCAACAAAAGCAAGAAUGAACUAUUGAGACCUCAUUGAGAUUAAAACAAAACAAAACAAAACAAAACAACUGCUACACAGCAAAGGAAACAAUCAACAAAACUAAAAGGCGUCAUGUGGAACGGGAGAAGAUAUUUGCAAAUGAUACGUUCGCUAAAGGGUUAAUAUCCAAAAUCUGUAAAGAACUUCUCAAACUCAACACCUGACAAGUAAUCCAGUAAAAAAAAAAAAAAAAAAAAA